UAAUAAUAAAUUUUUUAAAAACAGUAGUCGAAAAUAUGGAAGCUACUCAGCAACCAGAAGAGACAAAAGACAAGGUAUCGAAGAAAGAAAUGAAGAGGAUCCAGAAGAAGCUAAACAGAAAGUUAGCUCAAGGUAUAUCUGCUUUAGUCAGAGCAGAGAAGAAGGAGAAAGAUGAUUUGAUCAGUGAAGAGCCUACUAAUAAGCUCUUUGUUUUCCAUUUUGGGAAUGGAGAUGAAGAAGACCAAAGAGUAUUGAUGGAAUAUUGCAAGCAGUUUGGACCCAUUGAAACAAUUCCUCUAUUCCCUGGUCUUAAUUAUGGAUUCCUAGAGUACCCAGAGGUUCAGCAAGCAAAGGAUUUGAUGAAUAGUCUCCAAGAUGGCAAGUUCAUUGAUCUGAAAUUUUAUGAUAAGAUUAGGACAUGCUGUUUCCAAUAUUCCAAGGUGGAGUACGACCAAAUGGACAAAUUCAAGUCAAUGGAGUUCCCUAACUCAACAUACAAGGUAGAUAUUGAUGGGCUCUACGUAAUUGAAGAUUUUGUGUCUGAGGAAGAGUCCCAAGCAGCCAAAGAAUGGCUCGAUAGCCAAGAAUGGAUCAAGCUGAUGAAUCGAAGAGUCCAACACUUUGGAUAUGAGUUCGUCUAUGGAGCUAAUGAUGUCAAUAAGACAGACAAAAUUAGGGAUAUGCCAGACCAAGAGAAUGAAACAUUCAAAGCUAUCAACGAUAGAAUCAAUGAUGCUUUGAAAGGAUUCUAUUUUAAUUCUGAGAAGGAAGCUGUCAGAGUUUUUGAUCAUAAUGGAACAAAAAUUAAAGAAGAAGUGAAAUCUGUUGAUAGUAUGGAUAACUAUUUUGAUGAAAUUGGUGAAUUUGAUCAGCUAACAGUUAAUGACUAUAUCCCUGGGCAAGGAAUCCCUCCCCAUAUUGAUACUCACUCUCCAUUUGAGGAAGUUUUCGUAGCUUUAUCAUUAAAUAGUGAGGCUACUAUGACAUUUAAGUCUGCAGAGGAAACAAAGCAUAUCUCUUUAAAGCCAAGAAGUCUUAUGAUUUUCAGUGGAGAGGGGAGAUACAAUUGGUUACACUCUAUCCCUACAAGGAAGUUUGAUAAGGUCAACGGACUAAUCAAGAGCAGACGCAGAAGAAUCUCUCUGACAUAUCGUAAACUUAGAUCAAAUCCGGUUUGCGCAUGCAGAUGGCCCAGGAUGUGCGAUUCACAGAAUAAAGAGGUAGCAGUUGAUGAGAACAAACUAGUAGGAGAAGGAGAUGAAGUCAAGCUAGAUGCAAGUUCUUCAAAUAUUGAGCAAAAGCACGUCUAUGAUGUGUAUGAGAAGAUAGCUCCUCACUUCUCAAAUACUAGAUAUAAGCCAUGGCCUAAAGUCCAGGAAUUCCUAGAGUCACUACCAGAUGGAUCUAUCAAUUGUGACGUCGGGUGUGGAAACGGGAAAUACUUAUCAUGUGCAGGCAAGAAUGUUCUCAGCAUUGGAACCGAUAGAUCCUUUAACCUCACCUCAAUCGCAAGAGAAAGGAAUCAAGGAAGUCAGACAUUUGUUUGUAAUAGUCUGAACCUUGCAUUAAGAGACCAAGUAUUUGAUUCUGUGAUCUCAAUUGCUGUUAUUCAUCAUUUCUCAACGAAAGAGCUCAGGAUCCAAGCCAUUAAUGAGCUAAAGAGAAUCUGUAAAGUUGGAGGAAAAAUCUUAAUCUAUGUCUGGGCAUUUGAGCAGGAAAGAAAGUUUGCAACCCAAGAUGUCUUCGUCCCAUGGCAUCUGUAUAAUAAAUAUGAUAAGCAAGAGGAAGGAAAGAAGGAAGUUAAUAUUGAAAAGAACACAGGAUUCAUAGAAACAGCAAUAGAAGAUGAGACUAAGAAAGCUACUAUUUAUCACAGAUACUACCAUGUAUUUAAAAAGGGAGAGCUUGAGGAGCUGAUUGAUCAGAUUAAUGGAUUAGAUAUCAAGAAAAGCUACUACGAUCAUGCUAAUUGGUGUGUUAUCUUAGAGAAGACUGAGCAUUAAAAUCUCAAUAUUAAU